UUGCUCUGCUGCGCCCCGCGACGGCUGGCUCCCCCGCCGGCUGCCGCACCGCCGCCGCCGCCAGGGCUUAGGACGCGGCCGCCCUCCCGCCCGGCCCCCCAUCCGCCACAGACUGCCGCUCCCCUUGCCCCUCAGCGCCGCCGCCGCCCUCCCAUCCGCACCCGCUCGACCGCCGCGUUCCGGCCUCCCCCUUGCCCCUCGCCGCAUCCGGCAUUUCGCGCGGCGGCGUCGAGCCCGUUACCUCCAGCCGCGGAGCUUCGUCGCUGCGCCGCCGUCCUGCUUGUGAGGACAUGCCGAUACUCCGCCACCUGCUGCAGCGCUCGGCGGCGUUCCUGGGCACCACUAAUGGGGAGAUCUCGUCUCAACACAGCGCACGCACUGCGCUUCGCACGCGGGCAGCCCGUUGGCGCCACUGCACCGCACCGUGGCAGCCCGUUGCACCCGCAGCUCCUUCUGCGGAAGGAUAUAAAGUCCAUAGUUCUUUUGACUAAAGGUUUACUAGUCACUCAACAAGAUCUAGUCAACUAGUGAGCAUACUCUCAGUCUCUUAUACUUGGAUAAACUGUUUGAGCUUUUAUUGGAAAUACAGUAAUAAGGACCUGUAAAUUUGUGAAGAAAUUGUUCAAGUGCUGUAUUGUUAUCACUUAUUGACAUCUAGUGGUUCAGCAGCCAUAAUCACUUUGUGAGACUUGGUAUUGAGCAUUUCUCUUCCCUCUACCUUAUUGCAAUGAAAUUAUUUUGUAUUGUUAAACAUGCUAACCAAGUAACCACUAACCAUUUUUUCGUAGUAACCUAGCGUAAUCUUUCUCUGAAGGGGACAGUGCAGCAAUGCUGUGCUCCGUGUGCUAAGCUGCCUUCUCUUAAAAAUUUAGUUGCUGUAUGAAGGGCGGGACCUUUGAUUUCUCCUCUCUGAUGACUAUUGCGCUCAAGGGCAAGCUAGUGCUACUUGAUUGUUGAAAGGACGCAUCUUCUGGGCUGCUAAUCCCAUAUAUUACUUCUGUUUAUAUAAUUGGCAUAAUAACUAUUUGAUGUACUGCAUAGAAGGACAUAAAGCCUCUCCCUUCCUCUUUCUGGUGUUCAAACCUGUACAGCAAGAUGGUUGUUUGCUUAUCUUGUCACAUUGAUUUUUUACGGCAAGAUGGUUGUUUGCUUACUGUUUUAUCUGUUAUAGUGACUAAACAUCAAUGUAUAUGCUACUUGCUGCUUGCCCUAGGUUCUAAUGAAGAUCUUCAUCUUGUUAGCUGCAUAUAAGAACAUUGUUUUUGUUUUUAUAGUUUUAGAAAAAAAGUCUGGUAUAUUUCAUCCUACUUGUCUCUAGCUUGCCACUACAGUGCGGAGGUGCUAGGCUCGAUCCAAGGGCGUAUGUUCCACAACAUCAUCAAGCAGAGUGGUCGACCGCCUGCAUUAGCACAAGCGGCGUUGCUCCAUCGACGCCACCACACCACCCCAUGGCGUGGGGAGUUCUCGGCCUCAACUCAGGGACGGCCCCGCAACAGCAUCAAGAUCAAUGUUCAACCCCCUGGCAUCCGUCUCCCUCGGCGCUACUUCAGCACUCAGGCCCCAUCGAGAUCUGUUAGCUACUUUUGGUUUUUGUGCAAGGUCACGGCAGCGGCAGCUUUCAUCAACAUCAUGUGGUCGUUUGUCUACCACACCUAUCUCGUUCAGAUUCCGUACACCAGCCGCACCCCCAUCUUUCAGCUUGAGACUGUGGCCUAUACCAACCGGAUUCAUUUUGUCAUUCGCUCCCCCCAAGACGACCGCGAGUAUGCGGAGUCUUGUUUUGCUUUUGUCAGGAAGAAUCACUCAUCCAAGUUCCUUAGCCCACUCCACCCCGACAGUGUCCGUGUCAAUCUUAUCACAGCGCAACUUCUCCGUGCUGUUCAGCGUGGCCUUGACAUCAAGAACCGUGAUGUGGCCUUGGUUCAUGAAUCCUCUUGCAAACAUGUGAGCUUGGAUGCCAGGCAUGCAAUUGAGAGCAAGAAACAAGGCAAGUUAUGCAAAUCACAAUCACAAACAGCGCACCUUGAUGGGUUAGCCUGGGAGGUGAUUGUUGUUAAAAAUGAUAGGCAUGUUGGUGCAAUGUCGUGGCCCCAUGGCAAGAUUAUAGUAUUCACUGGAUUGCUCAACCAUCUGCAGACGGAUGCUGAAAUUGCUACUAUUCUUGCGCAUGAGAUCGCGCACAUGGUUGCCAGACACUCGUCAGAGUCAAUCGUCUACAAAAAGUGGUUUCCCUUUCCCCUCAAAGUGCACUUCAUAAGAAGGAUGGAGAUAGAGGCAGAUCGCAUGGGAAUGCUGAUAAUGGCUGCUGCUGGUUUCGAUCCACACAUAGCCCCUGUGGUUGCUGAGAAGCUAGUAGGGAAUGACAUAUAUCAUCCUUCGGGGAAGAAAAGAGCACGGCUUUUAUCUAGGGCAAAGGUCAUGGAUGAGGCACUGGAAUUAUAUAGAGAAGUUAUGUCGGCCAAGGCACCAGAGACUCAUCCUGCUACAGGUGCAUAGCUCAAUGGGGUCAAGAUUGUGUGUGGCGAGCAAGCAUGAAGAACGUUUGUCCUCUGUGAGAUACCUCCACUGGCAAUAGCAGCUGGAUUGUUUUGGUUUGCCCAGUCCAACUUUUUACGUCUUGCAACUCAAGGUGCGAGAGAACACGUGCCCUUCCAUGUUUUUAUAUCCCAUUAAAUCCUGUAACGAGAAAGGCAUUGCAAGCCUGCUUAGUUCAAUGUGCUGUUGAGAAGUGAAAUUUGUUGUUGAGCCCACCCAGGCACAAAAUUUUCGUCUCUCUACCUGCAUCCGGCAGUUGGAUGUUUCACCAUUCAGUAUUCUGGUUACAAGCUAGAA